AUCUCUUUAUAUAUUUUGAUUCAUCUCUUCGCUGAUUAUUUGAUGCACCUUUCUAAACCGGUAAAAUCUUCAAACAAUAAAUAUUUUGUUUAUUUUUGUACUACCUGCCACUGAUGUGUCAAGUUGCAUUUACGUCUUUAUGUUAGAAUAGUGUUAUAAUUUAUUUAUAUCAUGAAAAACAACAUGAAUACUGCUGAAGUAUCAAAUGCUGAACUAUCUGGUGAUGAAGCUGAGGGCUCAUCAAGUGAUUGUAGCACCACUAAUACUGACAAUACGUCUCGCAGCGUUACUCCUACAAGCAGGAUCCGAAAAGGGCGCAAACGUCGUAAAAAGUUAAAUAAGAGCAUGACAAAACCUUUAUAUAAAUUUGCCUAUUGUUUAAAAGAAGACCAUGGUCAACCUCUAUUCGGAGCGCAAUUUAAUCAUCAUCUUAAGAAUGGACAACCUCUAAUAUUUGCUGCUGUAGGCAGCAAUCGUGUAUCAGUUUACGAAUGCACUGAGGAGGGAACCAUUAAAUUGCUUCAGUGUUAUGCAGAUCCAGAUUUAGAUGAGAAUUAUUACACAUGUGCAUGGUCUUUUGAAACUUCUUCUGGAAACGCUUUAUUAGCUGUUGCUGGUUCUCGGGGUGUUAUAAGAAUCUUUAGCACUACUAGUAUGACUUGUGUUAAAAAUUAUAUUGGUCAUGGUCACGCAAUAAAUGAGUUGAAGUUUCAUCCUCGUGAUCCUAAUUUAUUAUUAUCUGCAAGCAAAGAUCAUGCACUUAGAUUGUGGAAUAUACAAACUGAUGUUUGUAUUGCUAUAUUUGGAGGUGUCGAAGGACAUAGGGAUGAAGUUCUUAGUGCUGAUUUCAAUACUAAAGGAGAUAAAAUUAUGUCUUGUGGGAUGGAUCAUUCCUUAAAAUUGUGGAAAUUAGAUAAACCUGCAAUGAAUGAAGCAAUUAAACAAAGCUAUCAUUUUAAUAGUCAACGUAGCACAAAACCAUUUGAUACAAUGAAAGAGGAUUUUCCAGACUUUUCAACUAGAGACAUCCAUAGAAAUUAUGUAGAUUGUGUUCGAUGGAUGGGUGAUUUUAUCUUGUCAAAAUCAUGUGAAAAUAGCAUUGUUUGUUGGAAACCUGGCAGACUAGAAAGUAAUGACCUAAAAUUUGGUGAAACAUCAGUUACAAUUCUUCAUCGUUUUGACUUUAAAGAUUGUGAAAUCUGGUUUGUUAGAUUUGCACUAGAUUUCUGGUUAAAAGUAAUGGCUCUUGGAAAUCAAUCUGGUCGCACCUUUGUAUGGGAACUUGAUGCAACUGAUCCAAAUGCAGUUCGUUGUUCUACUCUUAGUCACCCUAGAAGUAAUUCGGCCAUAAGACAAACCUCAUUUUCUCGAGAUGGAAAUAUUCUUAUUUGUGUAUGUGAUGAUGGAACCAUUUGGCGAUGGGACAAACAGAUUUAAAACAAAAGGAUGAUAAAAUAUUACUGAUAAACUUCUUCUACACCCUUCAUGAAAUUUCAGUAUAAAGUGCUUAUACUAGUGGGAACUGAUAGAUAAGUUCUUACUUCUAUUUUUGUUUCAUGCAUGUAACUUAUCUGGAAUACAAAGGCCAUACUAAAGAUUUGAAUGUGUAUUAUUUUGUACUCAAAACUUUGUACUUACCAUGAUCAUUCAAACAUAAAUAUCUCACAUCAUAAUAUUAUUAUGG